UGCCAUGACUUACGUGUCACUUUAAGCACACCACCCAGUGUAUAAAUAUUUGUUAAGUAUAUGUGUCUAGAUUUCGGUUAAACAAAAUGCCUCGUCGUGUACUGAAAAACUAUGAAUUUGAACCAGCCCAACAGCAAUGUCUGCGCAAGUCAAAAUUGGAUCCCAAAGGUAAAUGUGGCGUUGCCAUCAAGAAACAACCGAGGGAGCAACCUGUUGAGGAGGAGAAUCCAUUGCAGUUCCUAGAGCAAAAGGCCGAUGCGGCACUCGUCGUGCAUUGGACUCGUGCUGAAGGACGAACCUUUUCACCCAUCAAGUUGUUGCCUCCCUGGUAGUAGUGUGUAAUGUGCCCAAAAUUUACGAUUAUCCAGGCGCUAGCAGAACUCAGGGUCAAAUCAAUAAAAAUGCUCAGUAUUUCCUAGCCAUACAGAAAA